AUGAUUGAUCAUAUUUUAGAUGGGAUCCAUCUUUCCGAUGCCAUUUCGGUUAUUGGUGCUACUCAGAGAAAAAAGUUGGAGGAUCUGAGAGUAAAGUUACUACUAUACUUUAUCAUGUUUUAUGUAUUUAGAUCCAGCGAGUCCUCACAGUUUCAGCCAUGUCCAUAGAUGACUCUAAGAAGAUUAAUGGCAUCCAUUAUAAAUUUAUAUUCAUGAUGGAUAUGCCCACACAAGAUAUCCUAGGAGAUAACGUAUUGGAAGAAGCUGUGGCUUAUAUAGAAAAUGCAGUCAAAGAUGGUGUUAACAUCCUUGUCCAUUGGUAAGAAAAUAAAAUUAGUCACAGUUUGCUUUAGUGAGAUGGGCACUUCCAGAUGCGUUACGGUUGUUUGUGCAUACCUCAUGAGACGGUUUGAAUGGAGUCCGAAUAAGGCACUGUUAUUUUUAAAAGAAAGGCGGCCAAAUGUGCAGUAAGUGUUAGAUGGAUCAAGUCCUACGAUUGCAGACCGAACACUGGAUUUAUGAGACAACUGGAGAUCUUCGCCCACCUUGGUUAUAAAGCUGAUCCCCAAAGUCUUACGGUCUCUCCCUUGUACCGCAAUUUCUGCGCAGAUACAGGGAACGUACCUAAACUGCAGCCUUGUUCCCCUAUCAUCGACUCAGCUAGCACCUCAAUCUCGGAUCCUCAGGCUCCCAUCAACAUUCCAAAGGCUUCUCUGGAUCACAAGUCACCUGAGGGGAUGGCGGCACAAUUAAAAUUCAGAUGCAGGAAAUGCAGAGCAGACCUAUUCUACGACACUCAUGUCCUGUAUCAUGGUCGAGGAAGAUCUGGAACUACGGGAGAAGCGAUGACGGAAAACGACGAAAAGAAAUUGCGGAAGGCUUUCAGUUUGGGCGAUAAUCGAUGUAAUUUCGAGUACUUUAUCACCCCAAUGAAAUGGAUGGAUGCAGACCAAUUUCAAGGAAAGGCAAGUAAGCUAUCAUCCGCCGGUACCACCCAAGGUACGCGCAAAUAUUAUAUCCAAACUCGCAAACGUUCUCGGAGGAUAGGUUACCCCUAGCCAAUAGGUUACCCCAAGUUUCGGAUAGGUUACCUCGGAGGAUAGGUUACCCCGAGGAUAGGUUACCCUUUUCUGAAAAAAAAAAAUUUUUUUGAAAUGUUUUCGCUUCGGGACAGAUUUUUUUUUUGAAAUGUUUUCGCUUCGGGAAUGAAACAAAAGAUUUUUUGGGAAAUUUGAAUAAAAUUUGAAAUGUUUUCGCUUCGGGACUUGGAAAAAAAGACUUUUUGUGAAAAUUUUGAAACGUUUUCGCUUCGGGAGUAGAAAAAGGGUGUCUGACUGAAUAUACACCACGUACUAAAUAGUACCAGGUAGUUCUAUUUAGUACCAAGUGUUAAAAAUGUGUUUUUAAGCAGUACUAGGCACCAAAACAACACCAUUAACGUCUAAAAGUGUUAUAAGUCGAAAAAAUUUCAAACAGAAUCCCUAAAGGUAGUAACAGAAACCCGGUUUUCAUAUUCAGUCAGCUCGAAAACAUUUCAAAUUUUAUUCGAAUUUCACAAAAAAUCCUGUUUUCCAAGUCCCGAAGCGAAAACGUUUCAAAUUUUAUUCAAUUUUCACAAAAAAUCCGUUUUUUCCAAGUCCCGAAGCGAAAACAUUUCAAAAAAAUUUUUUUUUCUUUUUUUUGGUAAAGGGUAACCUAUCCUCUAGGUAACCUAUCCGGUGGGGUAACCUAUUCGGUGGGGUAACCUAUCCGGUGGGGUAGCCUAUCCUCCGGGUGAUGCAAAUCCUCGCAAAAAUAGGGCUGCAUGGAAAUUUGGCGUAAGUGCAUUGGGUGCAUUUCCUAUACCUUUUUUCACUGUGCCGAAAAAAUCACUCAAAAAUAGUGCAAGUUACAUAAAAAAAAUAUUUUCAAUGAUUUUACCUAUAAAACGUUAUCGUUGACCAUCGACCCGAACUGUAAUUAAUUUUGAUUAUAAGGCUGAGCAGAAUGAUUACAAUCGAUAUUUCAGAUAAAUUGCCCGAAAUGUUCGGAGAAGUUAGGCCAAUAUAUAUGGGGAGGUAGGAAAUGUUUGGGAUCCGAUGACUUGAGAUGUGGAACUCAUGGUAAGUUUGGAAUAGCUGCAUUAUUUUCUUUUUGCAGUCUCUCCAUGGUUUUACAUCCAAAAAUGUCAAGUGGAUAAGAUCCGGGUGGGUGGAGAUCUCUCUCUCCCUGCAAACAUGGCGGUCCCCAGCGUUGUUAUCUCUUGA